UGCACUCGUCGACGCUGCGGCGGGGUACCGGUAUCUGAGUUUCAUGGAUGCCUACUCUGGUUACAAUCAGAUACCGAUGCACCGACCAGACGAGGACAAAACGGCGUUCAUAACGCCAGGAGGAACGUUCUGCUAUAAGGUAAUGCCAUUUGGCUUAAAAAAUGCAGGGGCAACGUAUCAAAGGCUGAUGAACAGGAUAUUCCACAACCUCAUAGGAAAAACGGUCGAAGUUUACGUGGACGACAUCCUGGCAAAGACAAUACGACCUGAUGACCUCCUAAACGACCUGGCAAGCGUAUUUGCGUCCCUCCGUCAACAUGGCAUGAGGCUGAACCCCCUCAAGUGCGCCUUCGCCAUGGAAGCCGGCAAGUUCCUGGGAUUCAUGAUAACUCAAAGAGGGGUAGAGGCUAACCCGGAGAAGUGCCAGGCAAUACUUCAGAUGAAGAGCCCGGGAUGUAUCAAGGACGUCCAGAGGUUGGCAGGAAGGUUGACAUCACUCUCUCGGUUUCUCGGAGCCUCAGCGGCAAAGGCCCUGCCGUUUUUUAACCUCAUGAAGAAAGGGAUGGCGUUCGAAUGGACACCAGCGUGCGAAGAAGCCUUUCGACACUUCAAGGAAAUCUUGGCGGCACCCCCCGUUCUCGGGAAGCCAAGAGACGGGGAACCACUAUACCUGUAUCUCGCCAUAACAAGCGAAGCCCUAGCCGCAGUGCUAGUACGGGAGGACGGGAAGACCCAACAGCCAGUCUACUUCAUAAGCAGGGCUCUGCAAGGAGCAGAAUUAAGAUACAGCAAGUUGGAAAAGCUAGCCUUAGCGCUCCUAACCUCCUCGAGAAGGUUGAAGCAAUACUUCCAGAGUCACCAAGUGGUCGUCAGGACAGACCAAGGGAUUAGGCAAGUUCUCCAAAAGCCCGACCUGGCGGGAAGAAUGAUGACUUGGUCCAUCGAACUCUCUCAAUAUGACAUACGGUACGAGCCCCGGCAAGCCAUCAAGGCGCAGGCCAUGGCGGAUUUCUUGGUUGAAGUAACGGGAGAUCCAGGCGAAGACAUGGGUACACGGUGGAAGCUCCAUGUGGACGGAGCCUCCAACCAGACCUACGGAGGAGCCGGGAUCAUCCUAGAAAGUCCAAACGGGGUCGUAUACGAACAGUCGGUCAGAUUCGAGUUUCCCAUCUCGAACAAUCAAGCAGAAUACGAAGCCCUCAUUGGAGGCUUAACCCUAGCAACAGAGGUCGGCGCAAAAAGGCUGGAAGUAUGCAGCGAUUCCCAAGUCGUCACUUCCCAAGUGAACGGCAGCUACCAAGCCAAGGACCCCUUGUUGCAGAAGUACUUGGAAAAGGUUAAAAGCUUGAGCCAAAAGUUCGAAGAGGUCACGGUCCAGCAUGUACCCAGAGAAAGGAACACACGGGCAGACCUCCUAUCAAAAUUGGCCAGCACGAAGCCAGGGGAGGGGAACCGGUCUCUCAUCCAAGGCAUGACAAGGGAACCCGCGAUCACACUACACAUAGCGACCCUAAGUCCUUCAUGGCUAGACCCCAUCACCAACUACCUAGAACACGGCCAAGUCCCUGGUGACGAAAAGGAUGCGUUGAAAUUAAGGAGGGAAGCGGCCAAGUACGCUGUCAUCCAAGGACAGCUGUUCAGAAAGGGACUCAGUCAACCCUUACUGAAGUGCCUACACCCCGACCAAACGGACUACGUCCUCAAGGAAGUCCACGAGGGCUGCUGUGGGCACCACAUCGGAGGAAAAGCCCUAGCAAGAAAGUUGAUCCGAGCUGGAUACUACUGGCCGACGAUGAUGGCAGAUUCCAAAGAGUUUGUCGGAAAAUGCAUAAAGUGCCAACAGAACGCCAAUUUUGCCAAAGCACCGGCAAACGAGUUAAGCUUGCUGACGACUUCUCGGCCGUUCGCUCAAUGGGGAGUCGACCUCUUAGGGCCCUUCCCUGUCGGCCCUGGGCAGGUCAAAUAUCUCAUAGUGGCAAUCGAUUACUAUACCAAGUGGAUAGAAGCCGAACCAUUGGCUAGCAUAUCCUCAGCCAAUUGCAGAAAAUUCAUGUGGAGGCAGGUGAUAACACGGUUCGGGAUACCAGAAGUCGUCAUCUCGGACAACGGCACACAAUUUACUGACAAAAAGUUCACGGGAUUUCUCAACGGCCUAGGAAUAAGGCAAAAGUUCUCUUCGGUAGAACACCCUCGGACGAAUGGACAAGUGGAGUCCGCCAACAAGGUUAUCCUUUCAGGACUAAAGAGGAGGUUGGACAACAAAAAGGGUGCUUGGGCCGACGAACUGGCAUCAGUCCUCUGGUCUUACCGAACAACCGAGCAGUCCUCCACCAAGGAAACCCCUUUUCGGCUAACAUACGGGGUGGACGCGGUAAUACCCGUAGAAAUCGGAGAACCAAGCCCACGGCUCCUUUUGAAGGGGGUAGAGGAAGCCGUAGAAAAGGACCUGAUAGAAGAAGCCCGAGAAAUGGCCCACUUGACAGAAACGGCGCUAAAACAAAGAGUGGCACUCCGCUACAACACCAAAGUACUCAAGAGGGAAUUCGAGCCAAACGACCUCGUCCUGAGGCGAAAUGAUAUCGGCCUGCCGACCCCCGGAGAAGGCAAGCUGGUGGCUAACUGGGAAGGCCCAUUUAGAGUCAAGAAAGUGAUGGGAAAAGGAGCAUACAAACUAGAAAGACUCGACGGCAAGGAAGUCCCAAGAACUUGGAAUGCGGACAACCUUAGAAGAUUCUACUCCUAG